CUGGGUGUCGAUCUGUGAGGGGGUGGAGCUGCUAGGAGGGGGGUCAGCGGGGGAAGGACGACUGAAGACAGGUCUCCCCACACAGCAACUCCAGCCACAUUAGCAGCCUCCUCUGUCUGUCCAGAACCUGCUCUCACCUCAAGCCCAGCCAACCGUGAGCUGCCACAAUGGGCUCUGAGCUGGAGACUGCAAUGGAGACCCUCAUCAACGUGUUCCACACCCAUUCGGGCAAAGAGGGGGACAAGUACAAGCUGAGCAAGAAGGAGCUGAAAGAGCUGCUGCAGACUGAGCUCUCUGGCUUCCUGGAGGCCCAGAAGGAUGCAGAUGCAGUGGACAAGGUGAUGAAGGAGCUAGACGAGAACGGAGAUGGAGAGGUGGACUUCCAGGAGUACGUGGUGCUGGUGGCCGCCCUCACAGUGGCCUGUAACAACUUCUUCUGGGAGAACAGUUGAGCAGACAGCCCCAGUGGGCAGCGCCCUUCCCUUCCAUGCUGGCAGAUCUGCCUCUUCACCCAACUUCCGUCUCACCCCUUUUUCCCUCCCCAUGCUCCCUCUGCCCCCAUCAAGGGCGCAAGAGUAGUGGGCCAGGCCUACAACUCCUCAUUCAUUAAAGGUUCCUCUCUGGCCAGCCA